AUGGGGCUCAACUUGACACUUGCCAGACUACCAAAUGACGGGGCUCACGGCCAAGGGAGUCUCACCUCAAGUAACUCCAGUGCUGGGUUCCGAGCGAAUGCCACCCUGCACAACGAGUUUGACACUAUCAUCCUGCCUGUGCUCUACCUGGUCCUGUUCGUGGCCAGCCUCCUGCUGAACGGGCUGGCCGUGUGGAUCUUCUUCCACAUCAGGAAUAAAACCAGCUUCAUAUUUUACCUCAAGAACAUAGUGGUGGCUGACCUCGUCAUGACGCUGACAUUUCCCUUUCGGAUUGUGCACGACGCAGGCUUUGGCCCCUGGUACUUCAAGUUCAUCCUCUGCAGAUACACAUCRGUUCUGUUUUACGCAAACAUGUACACGUGCAUCGUGUUCCUCGGGCUGAUCAGCAUCGACCGCUACCUGAAGGUGGUGAAGCCCUUUGGGGACUCGCGCAUGUACAGCGUGACCUUCACGAAGGUGCUGUCUGGCUGCGUGUGGGCGGUCACAGUUCUGCUGUCCUUGCCAAACAUCAUCCUCACCAACGUCCAGCCCACCCAGGAGAACAUCCACGACUGCAUGAGGCUCAAAAACCCGCUAGGCGUCCGGUGGCAUCGGGCUGUCGUCUAUGUCCACAGCUGCCUGUUCGUGGUGGUGCUGGUGAUUCUGAUCGGCUGCUACAUUGCCAUUUCCAGGUACAUCCACAAAUCCAGCCGGCAGUUCAUCAGCCAGUCUAGCCGGAAGCGCAAGCACAACCAGAGCAUCCGGGUGGUCGUGGCCGUGUUCUUCACCUGCUUCCUGCCCUACCACCUGUGCAGGAUCCCCUUCACCUUCAGCCACCUGGACAGGCUCCUGGAUGAGUCCGCACACAAGAUCCUGUACUACUGCGAGGAAAUGACGCUUUUCUUGUCUGCGUGCAACGUUUGCCUGGAUCCAAUAAUUUACUUUUUCAUGUGCAGGUCAUUUUCAAGAAGGUUGUUCAAGAAAUCCAACAUCAGAACCAGAAGUGAGAGCAUCAGGUCACUGCAGAGUGUCAGAAGGUCGGAAGUCCGCAUAUAUUAUGACUAUACUGACGUGUGA